AUGGACCACCAUCGCAAAAAGUCCCUGCUCAGCAACGACCUCGUAUUCCAGCCCGAGAGUCAGCAGCCAUAUGCCCAGCAGCCAUACGACCCGACUGCCCACGACAACCACACGUCCUUCAGCCAGGCCGCCUACCCGCGGUCGCCGUUCCAAACAUCGCCCUACGCUGAGAACCACAAAUUCGAGAGCACAAUGUACGACCAGCCCCAAGGCUACGUGCAGAGGCAACCGGCGCCCUCGACACCGGAACCAGCGCCGGCACCCAAACCCCGGAAGAACUGGUUCGCAUUCAUGAGCAGCAAAUGGGCGGCCAUGUUCAUGGCCAUUACCGCCAUCCAAGCCGUCAUCUGUCUUUGCUGCGAAGCCUACGUAUUUGCUACCUUCCAGUCGAGCCUGCGUCCUCUCCAAGAGAGGAAUCCUGACCGUAACGCCAAGAACCCCGAAGAACUCAGCUCGCAGUACAAGACGAUCCCCACCUUCUUGACGCUUUUCAUCUUCGGUUUCUUGUACGAACUCAUCAUCGUGUGGGAUGCGCUUCGCAAGAAGAACACGAUUCAGGUCAUUGGCGUCUGCUUCGCCAACCUCGCCCUCGUGGUAUACACAGCCAUCCAGGUCGACCAACUAGACAUUGCCCUCGAUGUCCUUGUCAAGUACAAUUCCCUUGAGGCGGGUCGCUCCAAGCCGAACAUCUGGGCCGACAUCAAUGGUUAUCUGAUUGCCAUCCCUGCCAUUAUUGCUGUGGUCACUUGCAUCAUGGUGUUCCUUACAUGGAAGCUCUACCAGGAGUUUGCAUGGGAUAUCCUGAAGAGCAUCGGCGCCGACUACAGGAUGAAGAAGCGCUUCGCGUCGUACCAGAUCUACAUCGCUCUGCUCAAGUUCGAUUUCUUCUUCUUCCUCGGAUUCAUCAUCCAACUCGUCGUCAUCGUCACCCGAACGGACGAUCCCGAGUUCGCUCUCACCAUCGCCACCAUCCCCAUCACCAUCAUCAUCCUCCUCGCCGCCGCCUACUUCACCCGGAUCGAAAACAAGCCCGGCAUGGUUGUCACCAUCAUCCUCUACUUUGGCGCCUUGGCCUACUUCCUCUUCAAGCUCAUCCGCAUCUGGACGUGGGUCGACUACUACCUGGCCGUCCAAAAGUCUCUCACAGCCUUCUCCGUCAUUACCAUUCUUCUCAUCCUGCUCACCAUCGCCAACGCCAUUGUCUGCAUGCGCAACUUUGACAAGGGACUCAAGACGCACAUUCUCGGCGCCGCCAAGAGCCGUGAAGAUGACCCAGAGCUCAACUCUGUGAAUCUGAACGACGUCAAGCCUCAGCCUAGCCGCAUGACGAUCGAAUAA